CCUUACAUGGUAGUUGUGACUGGUAGUGCGAAAACAGUCCGAAUCUGUGUUGUUAGUGACGAACCGACUGUAGAAUCAUUUGUUCACCUGGCGGGGCCUGACAGGCCGUUGUUCUCUUCACUCUGCACGGCGGGGUUCCUUUACGUGGCUGCCCUGCAUGGUAGUGCUAUGCCACCCAGGUCUGUAUGGUUCAAACCCUCUGAUUGGUGGGAACUCGACUCGGCGGGGCAGUUGGUUGACAAGAGUGGCCAUCUAUACACACUUCUACUUAGAGAAGUUCACGUUAUGCGGAAACACUAGGAAAAAAAAAUCAGCUGACACUGGAGAGAGCGUGGAGAGGUCAACACUGCGGAGCCUAUGUGGUGAUGGAGAAUGCGUGUACCAGGGGAGUCGCAGGAGGGGAGGAGGAGAAGGGCGUCCCCCAAGCUGCUGUGUGUGUACCCCGUCAGGAGGAUCGCUUACCCCCUUCCACAGUACUACGAGGCUGGGAUGGGUGAACUGGUGAAAGACCCGGCCUUCAACAUCAUCCCCAAGAACAGCACCUUCUUCAUCAUCUGGCGGGUCGAGAGCCUGGAGCUUGUGGCCCUGAGGCGCGAGGACUAUGGCAAGUUCUACAAGGGUGACUCCUACCUCGUCCUCUCAGGCUCUGAGUAUGGCAAGCCGGCAGGCAUGGACGACAUCCCACACCCACCUCGCGGCAAGCUGGACAUCCACAUCCACUUCUGGCUGGGCAGCGAGACGAGCACGGACGAGGCGGGGGUGGCGGCCAUCAAGACUGUGGAACUGGACGACAUGAUGGGGGGCGGCCCGGUGCAGCACAGGGAGGUGGAGGGCAGCGAGAGCAAGCGCUUCCUCUCCUACUUCAAGAACGGCCUGAGGUUGCUUCGCGGGGGUGUGGCCAGCGGCUUUAGGGCGGUGACAGACGACUUCGAGCCUUCCCUCUACCACGUCAAGGGCAAGAGAACAACGGUGGUCAGGGAGCUACAAACGAUCGAGUGGAAGGCGAUGAAUGACGGGGACGUGUACAUUCUGGACACGCGCGGCAUCAUUUACGUGUGGGUGGGGCGGUACAGCAACAACAUCGAGAAGCUGCAGGGCGCGAAGUUCGCCUCGACGCUGCGGACGGAGCACGGCGGCGGCACGGUGGUGGUGGUGGAGGACGGGCAGGAGGCGGCGCUGCAGGACCGAGAGCGCCUGAGCUUCGAGCGGCUGCUGCCCCUCAACAACAAGCAGGUCACGCCGGCGGCCGAGGCUCCCAAGGACGAGUCAGUGGCUCGUCGGAUCUCCCAGGAGCUGAAACUGUUCCGCUGCACCGACGAGUCCGGGACGCUGAAGGUCGUGGAGGUCAAGAACGGCCCGCUGCUGCACUCCGACCUCAACAGCAAUGAUUCCUUCAUUAUCGACAAUGGGCAGGACGGCAUCUGGGUGUGGGUGGGCAAGCGGGCGAGCAAGAAGGAGCGAGAGGAGGCCCUGAGAAACGCCCAAGGCUUCAUCACCAAGAAGGGAUACCCGGCACACACACAGGUGUCGCGCAUCGUGGAGCACGGCGAGCCGCCAGAGUUCAAGACGCUCUUCAAGGACUGGAAGGACAUAGACCAGAGUAAAGGCUUCGGCCGCCAGGCAUCCACCACCAAGAUCGCCACGACAGUCCAGACCAAGUUCGAUGCCACGACCUUGCACUCACAACCCCAGCUUGCCGCCAAAACACAGAUGGUGGACGACGGCAAGGGCCAGAAGGAAGUGUGGAGAGUCAAGAACUUCAACCUGGUGCCUGUGCCCGACAACCAGUACGGAGAGUUCUUCAUGGGGGACUGUUACAUCGUGCUCUAUGCCUACCUCGAGGGGUCCCGGGAGCACUACAUCCUCUACUACUGGAUUGGCAGCCACGCCAGCCAGGACGAGGCGGGCACGGUGGCGGCGAAGGCGGUGGAGCUGGACAACAGGCUGGAGGGACGCGCCGUGCAGGUGCGGGUGGUGCAAGGCAAGGAGCCGCCGCACUUCAUCGCGGUGUUUGGUGGGAAAAUGGUCAUUUUUGAGGGGGGCUACGCGUCCGCCUUCGACGGGCCUGGAGCACGGGACCAGGGGCGCAAGACUUCCUACAUGCUGCAAGUCAGAGGCACGACCAACCACAACACCAAGGCUAUUGAGGUUGACAUGCGCGCCGGCUGCCUCAACUCCAAUGACUGUUUCGUGAUAGCGACCCCGCAGGUGACGUACGUGUGGUGCGGCAAAGGCUCCACCGGCGACGAGCGAGAGAUGGCCAAGAAUCUGGCGUCCGGCAGGGGCGAGACGCUAAUGGUGUCCGAGGGAUACGAGAAGGAGGAUUUCUGGUUCGCCCUCGGAGGACAGGAGAAGUAUGCCAGCGCUCCCAGACUCAAGGAGCAGCAGUCCACACACCCUCCACGCCUCUUCCAAUGCUCCAACGCUUCGGGAGUCUUCAAAGCGGAGGAGAACAUCAAUUUCUCCCAGGCGGACUUGAUGGACGAUGACGUGAUGCUCCUGGACGCCUGGGACACAAUCUUCCUCUGGACCGGACACCACUCCAACAAGGCCGAGCAGCAAGUCUCUGAGACCCUUGCCAUAGAGUACCUGAGGACGGACCCCGCCGGCCGCAAGGACAUUCCCAUCAUCAAGAUCAAGCAGGGCUUUGAACCACCCAACUUCACGGGCUUCUUUGGCGUCUGGGACAACGACCUAUGGAACGAUAACAUGACGUACGAGGACAUCUGCGAGCGGCUGGAGGAGGCGGCGCCGGGGGCCCAGGUGCUUGUGACGUCAUCGUUCUCGUCGGGGUCAGGCCGCGGCAAACGAACCUACCCGCUGCAGAUCCUGAAGGUGAAGGAUGCCGAGAAGCUGCCGCCGGAGGUCGACCCCAAGAACAAAGAGGACUUCCUGAGCGAGGCUGACUUCAAGGCGGUGUUUGGCAUGGACCGCGACACCUACGACAAGCUGCCGCAGUGGAAGCGGAUCAACCUGAAGAAGAAGGCGGGUCUCUUUUAAGGAAGUGUCGGUCUCCUCACGCAACUGGCACUUCAGGACCCGUAUUCUCAGACGCUUUUGACUCCCACAGCAACUAUUUCCCAAGGCCUCAAAGGAUUUAUUUAUUUUCUUUUUUUUACGUUCACGGUGCAAAGACCUUGUUAGACUAUCACUAUGCUCAUACAAUUACCCGUAGAAAUACCCAUAACCUCUACGAAAGCCUUGACAAAUGUGGUUCCGGGACUGUACCUAAAAACGCAAAGUAUAAGCCACGUUACCAUACGCUCUUGUAGUCCUGCUCCGAAAUGAGGAUGAUUUAAGUGAAGGGAAGUCAUUCACAACACGAUUAUGAUGUCACUUAUAAUUACUGCACCGAAUAAUUUUAGCAUCAUAUCACACACUCUAACAAACCAAACAAGCAAACACACGCACAAACACACACAAAAAAACCCCUGCCACGAGCACUUUAAGUUCUUAUGGAUAGGUUGUAAUAUUGCUGAUUGUUCCGUCGCCCGGCUUAAAAUAUCGCACUUUUCCAGAUUAUUUUACUUCAUCUUGUUCCUGAAAUCAGUAUUCUUCUGAGUUUACUUGUUGGCUCCCAUAUUUAUUCUAAGCAUUACCAUCACAACACCUUUUAAUACCAUCUUCCCCCUAAAAUCCGUGUUCUGAGUUUCCUUGUUGGCUCCCAUAUUUAUUCUAAGCAUUACCAUCACGACACCUUCUAAUACCAUCUUCCCCCUAAAAUCCGUGUUCUGAGCUUCCUUGUUGGCUUCCAUAUUUAUUCUAAGCAUUACCAUCACGACACCUUCUAAUACCAUCUUCCCCCUAAAAUCCGUGUCCAUCAGAGUUUCCUUGUUGCCUCCCAUAUUUAUUAUAAGUAUUACCCUCACGACCUCUUUUAUUUUGUACCUCCCGCCGGCUGGUAUUUACUUAUCCAUGAGUCGAUCUCACGGUCCAACACAGUGGCUUUGUAAUCACUUGAACCAAACUCUUCAGUCUUACACAAUCCAUAAUGGUUAGGUUUUCGAUGCAAGACCAGGUACUCAAGAGAUUUCCUGCUUAGUGUCCUCAAAUCUCUGAAGUUACAUUAUAUGAACACAAAACACUACGAAAGGAAUUCUCGAAGUUUUUGGUAUUGGUUCGGAGGUUUACUAACCCGUCAUGUCGAACUGUGAAAGUGGCCCAUAGUAUGUUUGGAGAAGUGGAGGCAAAGGAGUGCAUGGUCUGUCACACCCCAGUAUUGACUCACAUCCCAUAUUUUGCAGAACCCUGCCUCAAGAUAUCAUUUAGGUAGCCGUUACUGGUAAGCGGGAAAAAAAUAUAAACAAAUAGUCUAUAUUUUUCUAACAAGCUGAGGGCUUAGUCAUUUUAUACUACUUGGGUGAGGCGCGAAGUAGUGUCAUCGAUUAUGUUGGCGAGUGAUUCUCCCUCAAUAGGACUCUUUAUGAAUGCAGAGAGCUUUAACUUGUUGCUGAGGAUCUGUAAUAACUACCGCAUGCACGCGUGUCUAACUCCAACUCCCGCCAAGUGGACCCUUCCCUCACAAGGCUAUAAAAUGUUUGAUUGGAGAAUAAAUCUUAAUUAAGUCCCCGGGAAGGUAUAGUGUACAUGUCAAAGUUGGCCCCCUAAACUUGGAAUUUAAAAUGUAGUUUAUAAUAUAUGUUUCAGCGCGUGUAUAUUCAGUACUCACCACAACAGUAAUGUAUGUGUUGUGCUGUACCCAAGUAAUGCCAUAAUUUGCUCGAAGAAAUUUUAUUGUCUGAAGUUUUAUUUAAUGUAAUUAUUUUACAAUAUAUGAAAGCAUUGUGAUUUUAUCAGAUUUAAUGUUAUUUUUAGCAAUUACCGUUAAUUGUGUAAUUUGGACUGCACUUAAAGAGGGUAAAUUAUUGUUCAAGAAACCCUCAAGAAGAGUGCCAGGCCUGUUGCAGCUGCCGUACAGUUAGUCUUGAACGAACAAAGGUAGUGACAGCGUCCGCGUUGUGCUGGAUCUUACUUGGCUGCGCCGGAAAGUCCUAAAUCUAAACAGGUAAGUGUUACUGUUUGACUGAUUCAUUAAGACUCUCGGGCUUCAGGUCGAUACAAAGGCUAAACAAGGUUCUGCAACGCUGCUUUGUGUCAGCCGUUGUCACUUGCCUCGCUCGUGUGUAAGGUCACGUGGAAGUGGUGUAAAUAUAUCAUAUAAUGUAU